AUGGCUGCUGCAACGCUCUCAGCGCUGAUUGAUCCCACGAAGUCAGGCAAAUACCCAAUCAUUAUUGGGGAGGAUUUGUUGCGUGACGAACGCCCACGAAAGCGGCAGAGAUUCAGUGUGCAGUACAACCACACACCAGUCAAUUUGAAAGGCCAGGCUGCGACUGUCAAAGCUUCAUCGAUCGACGGAGAAGGCGACAACUACGAUUUAUCCAUAUCAAAUGAAAGGGAAGCUGGUAGAUAUAUAUAUCGUGGCGUUCAGAAGCCAUUAGAUUCCUUCGCUUUGGUCUACGAUUCUGCAAAAUCUUCAUUCAUCCUCGAGAGGCUGGAAGCAGGAUUCUACUUCAACCUGCGCAGCACUCCGUCAAACAAAGAUGCUUCCCGCCAGCAUCCACAGCUAGAGACUUCGAGUCCGGCAGAGGGCGACGACAACCUCUUUGGAAGUGAUCAAGACGACCAAAAUCCAGAUGAGCUUCCCCCCGACCCGAAUAACCCGUACGACUAUCGGCAUUUCUUUCAUCCCGCGGCCAAUUCCUCACCACAACCCUCGCGUAUCUCCUCUCCCAUGCCAAAUCACACAUUCGCGUCAUCUCCGCUACUUCGAGCCACCUCUCCCAUCCAGCGACCUCGCUCUGUCACUGAGCCCAAGAAGCCAUCAAAACCCCAACAGCGAUACCUUUCACCGAAUCCUAGAGAAGAGGCCGAUGCAGAUGGCGAGGACAGCGAUCCAAAUGAGCUAGUUAUAGACAUGGGUGACUCUGCACCUCGCAACAGCAGACCAUGGCGAUCGGCAUUAAAUGCUCUAAACGAGGGUGGUCGGAGCAGUGGACCCAUCAGUUUCAGAUCAGCUGCGAGUUCUAUGAGCCCCUCAAUUAGAGGAGAAAGCGAUCACGAAAGAGAUACGAAAGGCGAUCAAGAUGUUGAAGAGAUAGAUCUAGGGGAGCCGGCAGAUGAUACGGCAGGAGCAAAAGAUACAUCGGCCAACGACAAUGGUUGGGAUAAAGAGGGCGAUGAUCUUUUCGAAGCUGAGCUAGAGCAAGCCUUGGAGGAGCAGCAGGCUGAGAAGGAGCAAAAUGAGCUCCAGAGCAUCCAGCAGCAAAAUGUCGCAGCUGAGAGCUCAGAAGAGAGCGAGGAAGAGUAA